AUUAUUCACCAUCCUGUCUCUUCUGUCCUGCAGCACCCUCAACAACAACAACAUCACCCUCAUCCCACUGUCCAGCUUCAAUCACAUGCCCAAGCUCCGGACGCUCCGUCUGCACUCCAACAGCCUCCACUGCGACUGCCACCUGGCCUGGCUCUCUGAUUGGCUGAGGGCCCGGCGGGGCCUGGCCCCCUUCACGCAGUGCAUGUCCCCGGCCCACAUGAGGGGCCUCAAUGUCCCCGACGUCCAGAAGAAGGACUUCAUCUGCAACGGUCCGGCACAGACGGAGCCGAGGGCGUGUGCUCCUCAGGUCGCAGUCUGCCCCCCCAGCUGCAGCUGCAACAACAACAUCGUGGACUGCCGACGGAAAGGCCUGACAGAGAUCCCAGCCAACCUCCCAGAGGGCAUUGUGGAAAUCCGUUUGGAGCAGAACCUGAUCAAAAGCGUCCCGCCAGGAGCGUUUACAGCCUACAAGAAGCUGAAGAGAAUAGACCUGAGUAAGAACCAGAUCUCCGACGUGGCGGCGGACGCCUUCAGCGGACUGCGGUCGCUUACUUCACUGGUUCUGUACGGCAACAAGAUCACUGAGCUACCUAAAGGAAUAUUUGAUGGACUUUCUUCCCUGCAGCUACUACUACUGAAUGCCAACAAGAUCAACUGUCUGAGAGUGAACGCCUUCCAGGACCUGCAGAACCUGAACCUCCUGUCUCUGUAUGACAACAAGCUGCAGAGCAUCAGUAAAGGCCUCUUCACUCCGCUGCGCUCCAUCAAGACUCUCCACCUGGCCCAGAAUCCCUUCACGUGUGACUGUCACCUGAAGUGGUUGGCCGACUUCCUGUUCGAUAAUCCCAUCGAGACCAGCGGCGCACGCUGCAGCCACCCGCGCCGCCUGGCCAACAAACGCAUCAGCCAGGUCAAAGGCAAGAAGUUCAGGUGCACAGGUCAGGAGGAUUACCGCAGUCGGCUGAGUGGGGAGUGUUUCCAGGAUCUGGUGUGUCCGGAGAAAUGUCGCUGUGAAGGCACCGUGGUGGACUGUUCCAACCUCAAACUGACCCGGAUUCCUCCGCACAUCCCUGAACACACCACCGACCUGCGGCUAAACGACAAUGAAAUCUCUGUCCUGGAAGCUGCUGGGAUGUUCAGGAAGCUGCCCAACCUCAAGAAAAUAAACCUGAGCAACAACAAGCUGAGAGAUCUGAGAGAGGGCGCCUUCGACGGCGCCGCCGGCGUGCUGGAGCUGCUGCUAACCGGGAACAAGCUAACCACGCUGCAGGGACGCAUGUUCAGGGGCCUGAGCGGCCUCAAGACCCUGUGAGUGUUACCGUACCGCGCUCUGUGUGUGUGUGUGUGUGUGUGUGGCGGGGCGAGCAGUAAAUCUGUUUUCUGCCUCAAAGAGGGGACUUUCCCUGCAGGCGACGAUUAAAUCGUUAGCUUUUAUUGGGAAGAACUGGCUGUGCUCUCUGGGUUAAACGGGCCGGCUGACAUGAAAAGAACCCAGAACCGGUUUCAGAGACGGAACAGCUGCAGGAAGAGAGCAGAACCAGAACCAGAGCCGGAACAGAACCAGAGAUGACAAAUCCAUUGAUUUUUCAUCUCUGGAUGUGGAACCAGAACAUAAUUUCUUCACAUUGACUCUUUACCGUCUCAACCGUUUCAUUUACUGGCUGAUUUUUCCAUCUGAUUCUGUUUAUUCAUCUCUUGUAUUUCUGCCAGUUUUUAUUCUGCAGGUCAAAACUACAAGGCCCAUAAUGCAUUGCAGUGGACAAUGCUGCGGUGCAUUUAGCUGGCAGUGGGAUCUGGGUGUGACACCUAGUUAUUAAUGCACAGCACUAUAAGAAAAACUACUGGAUUUAAAAAAAAAAUCAUUUUAUCUUCAAAUUUUAUAUUUUAUUAAACUUUUUUCUCGUAAAAAUAUCUGCAAUUUUUUUUAUUUAACACAAAUGGCUCAAUUUUUUGACAUUGAAUAUCAAACUAUAUUAGGAAUAAAAUUAGAGGUGCACCGAUUGCAGUUUUCUGGCCGAUCGCUAAUUACCAACCUUUUAAAAAGCUCUACCUGAUUCCGAUUUUGGCCGAUGCCAAUUUUUCCGCCUGAAAUGUUGCUCAAUAUAACAAGAUAGUUGUUGAGUUGGCAACACUAGGGUCGUUAUAGUCAGGGCCGUGCA